AUGAUAACGAAUAGCAAUUUAUGGCAAAAAGCUCUUCAUGUGCUGCAGGAAAAAUCAUGGGGAAUUGGACGAUCUCCAACAGCAAAACAAUGGCUGGAGUUCUUUACAUCAUCUCAUACUCUUUCUUCCACUGUUGUUUCUCCUAAUACUAUCCCCACAUCCUCUCGUAGUAGUUGUUCUUGUUGUUGUGAUUGGGCAUCGCCAUUACCAUUAAAGGUCCGUUCACUCAUUCAUGAGAGUGUGAUGGAUCUUGUUCGAUUGGCUCGAUUAGAGCAGUUGCUCACAUCCCCCACAGCGGGAAUUCUUAAAGAAACGUCUAACAUAAAUGAGAGUACAAACACAGAGAGUUCUCUCAAUAAUAAUAAUAAUAAUAAUAAUAAUAAUAAUAAUAAUAAUAAUAUCCCAGAGGAUGUGAAGGGUAUAUUUCUCUCAACAGAAUCUUCCCAUACUGUGAUGUUUACAACAGAGAUGGAGGAACUUCUCUACUACUGCUGUGCUGUACAUGAGACCCCACAGUCUACACAUCAGUUGGAGUCUUGGUUGUGUGAAGUAGCGGCCUUUUUGCAAUUCUUUCUAUUCCAUCCAAUACCAAAAGAAAUGAAAUUACCACAAGGACGAUUAGUUUUCACAUAUGCAGAGAUCCUUCGCAUCAUCCAUUAUGCUCUCUGUGCCUUAUUCCUCCGUUCAUCUACAGUAUAUAAAGAAGGUGAUAUCAAUAAGAGUAAAUUGUUAUUAGAAGAAGAAGUGGCUCUUCUCGCAUUGUGGCUUUUACGCACAUCAUCGCAGGAAAGUACGGCGUUCACUAUGGAGAUGCUGCAGAAAACACAAUGGCUGUUGGCAUCACGUAAAGGAACACAGUCUUGGCUUCUACAACUCCCAACAAUACUUCGAGUACAUACUACUAAUACUACAACUACUAAUACUACUAUUAAUAGUAAUAAUAGUAAUAGGAGUAAUAGAGAGAGUCAAAGGCUUGUUGAGAUGCAGGAGCGUAGUCCUAUUUGUCAACUCGCCAGCAAAGUCAUUUUGUCUUCUUCACAUGCGGAGCUUCCAAACGUGCGAGUUCCGUUUGUGGAUCAAUUGACUGUUAAGAAUGGAACUGAAAGCGUUUAUAAAAUGCAUGAGUACCUAAGCCGUAUCGCAUUGGAUUCUGGUAAGUAA